AUGACUGUCUUUUCGCCUGCUCUGCCACCACCACCACCACCACCACUGUCUUCAUCAUCACCAUCGGCAUCUUCGUCGUCGUCCUCGCGAACGAUUACGCCGCCGCAUACUUCCCUUCCAAACCAUCGCGUGUCGUCGUCGGGAACGGUGCAGAUUGUUUCUCCUGGAGCGGCGUCCUCUGUGGCGGCGGUGUUUCCUUCUGGGGGCUGGUCGUCGCCUCUGGGGAGGAUGGCUCAGCAGCGACAGAGGCAGAAUUAUCAGCAGUAUGUCCUUGGGGGAGGAGGAGGACGAGGAGGACGAGGAGGGGGUGCUCCGGUUGCGGGGGGAGGAGGGAUGCCGUUUUGGUGGAUGGAUGGGUCGACGGCGGAUUUGCCUCGACAUGGUGAUGGGGAUGGAGUUGGGGGAGCUGGCGAGAGGGCGGGUUUGAUGCUGGGUGGUGGUGGUGCUGCUGCUGCUGUAGGGGGAGAGAUUCAGCGGAGUGAUGCGAGGUGGCUUGUUCAUGCGGUUGUGCAUGGGGUUGUGCUGGCGAUGCAGAGCGGUGUUGCGGCGGGUGUGUUGACGGUGUUUGCGUGGAUGGGCAUGUGGAUGGACGACGAUGGCGGCUUCGGCGGUGCUUCUGGUGGAAUACUACGCAGCAUGCCCUCCCUGACGACAACCUCCGUCCUCAUCCUCUGCUUCACCACCCUCGCCUUUCACGAAAUCCAUCUCCUCUCUCCGGUCGUGCUGCUCUAUCUGCAAGCGGCUAUCCUUGCACUCGCCACCGUUGCCGCGACGAGCAUGUGGAUGAAGUGCGUUCAGGAGGAGAACGGCAUGGUCAAGUGCGUCUUGAUGAGCUGCGGGAUGUUGCUUUGGGUGACGUGUGGGAUUGCGUUUCUCAGGGCGGCGGUGGUGUGGAAGGUGACGAGCUUGGGCGAGGCUGAAGGCGAAGGCGAAGGUGGAGGUGGAGGGGAGGAGGGAGAGGGGAGUGGCGAGGAGGUUCAGGGGUAUGCGACUUUUUUUCCGGGGAGGUGA